CGUCAUUAUAGGUUUUUAGUAGCCUAACAAAAAGAUAUGGCUGUAUAGCUAUAUGCUAGCGUUGAUUUGGUAUACAAAAUAGAUAUUACAGUAUAUUGCAAUUUACUUGAAUAUUAAGCUAAUCGGUGAAAGCGGCCAUUAGUGCAUCAAAAUACGUGUCGAAUGAUUUAAUUCGUGACUUGGCGUUAAGGAGGCACAGAAAAAGUUUUAGCGACAACAUUAAUCAGUUUUGACACUGCAAAUGUCGUGACUAAUUUUUUAUUCUUUUCUGAGACACGUUGCAUCAGUUGGGCUAACUGUUUUGGUUUUCUAAGGCAGACCGCACAUUUGCGUUGUAUAUGUUUUCUUUGAGGAUACAGUAAUUAUUGAAACUGAAUUACGAAGACCAAACUAUGAUCGUUGCUUUAUUUUUACUAUUUUUUGUUUCGUCUGGAUAUUCCGCAAGCAUACCGACAAAUGCGGUUUUCAUAGCGAAAGGACAGUACCGCUAUACAGCUGAACUUCCAAGCAACAUUUCGGUAGGAGCCUCCAUUCCGGAUGGGUUUCAAAAUUUUUCGGUAUCUUUCGAAAGUGGUUGUUAUAACACCACGGAAGGUUUCGUGCAAAUAACAUAUCCGGAUUCAUCCGAAGUCCUAACUGUAUAUUGUGUCUACACAUGGGGCUUCUAUGUCGUCACAAACCAAACGGUGUUCAACUGGACCUUGUACUCAACCGCAGACACUGAUGACUGCUAUCCAAGGCCUUGCCAGCAUUGUGGUAAUGGCACGGAUCUACUUCGAGAUUACACUUGCGCGUGCCCUGUUGGUUUUCCAAGGGAAAAACUGCUCAAUAAAUAUAGACGACUGUGCGCCUUCACCGUGUAGCUACAACUCUACGUGUGUGGAUCUGAUCAAUGGAUAUUACUGCAUUUGUCCGCCUGGAUUAAACGGAACCAACUGUUCAAUUAGUAAGUUAUAUAAUUUAAAAAUUUUAAAGUUACAUACUUGGUAACUCGUAAGCUGGUACGAGGUGUAUGAAUCAGAACACCUGUGUUUAAUGACUGUCCUUUUCCAGCGACGCGAGGAUAUAGUAAGUUACAUUCAUAU